AUGCAACCCUCCCCCCCGUCGCCACGCCUCAACCUGCCCGCCAACGCGUCUGAUCUGCGCGCCGGCGCGGACGACCAGCGCGGCGACGCGGACGACCUGCGCGGUGUCGCGGGCGACCAGCGCGCUGACGUGGAUGACCUGCGCGCCGCCGCGGACGACCUGCGUGCCUCCGCGGACGGUCAGCGCGCUGUCGCCAGCGACCUGCGCGCCAACGCGGCCGGCCAGCGAGUGACCGCCGACGACCCACGCGCUGACGCGGACGGCCAGCGCGCGACCGCCGACGAGCCGCGCGCUGACGCGGACGGCCAUCACGCGGCCACGAACGAACCGCGCGCCUACGCGGACGGCCAGCGCGCGGUUGCCGACGACCCUGCGCCGACGCGGACGGCUGGCGCGGAGCCGCGGCUGACCUGCGCGCCUGGAUAUACCCUUCGCUCCGUCGUGUUCCAGGAGGAGGGUGGACUCCAGCCCAUCGCCCCUUCCGCCCCCACUGGACCUGCUCCCGAUGAGCCCGGACCCGAGCCCGAGCCUCCUGGUGAUCCCCCCUCCUUCGCGCCGGAUGUUCACAACCCACAAAGCGUGGAGUCUGCCAUUUGUGCCUAUCGCACCUCACUCAACGACCACCUUCGCCGCCAACUGCGCUACGACGAUGACAAGCGCAUCUACGACAGUGCUGCUGCCCGCCACCGUGAAUACCAAGCCCAGAUCGCCACUUACACUACCCGCCUCACCACCUACACCACUGAUAUCGCUGCGUGGCGCGUUACUGAUCGUCGAGCCCUCGCUAUCCUCCUCGCCACCAUCCCCUCCUCCCUCAAACGAGAGCUCUCCCCCACCUCCUCCUCCCACCUGUGGCAACUGCUUGUCGACCUCUUUGACCAACAGGACAUCGCCACUCUCUAUGCACUCAUUAAGGAAUUCGGAUCCAUCACCAUGGAUUCCACCGCCGGCGCAGCUGCCUUUACUCGCCGCGUCCUUGACCUCGCUCGCCGCCUUGCAGCUCGGUGUUGUCUACCCUGA